AUGGCAGAGAUUGUUUCUAGAUUAACCAAAUCUGCGCACAACCGGCACGUAGACACGGCCGAGUCAAACAAGACACACAACAACAACCAGUUACAACCAACUCUGCCACCAGGAACCCCUUCUACAUGCAGCAAGUCUACUCAUAGUCACCUGCCGGAGCACAUGGGUGAUAACAGAAAGCUCACAGACCGAGAACUUCAGAGAGCGCUUCGGAGAAUUCAAAAACCCACACAGUCUUAUCUGUUAUCAAAAAAUUACGAUCGUAACGAAAAAGAGCACAUUUCUCCUACGCCUUGCAUGUCUACUCGACCAUUCACAUCUUAUGAACGGAAAAAAGCUUUCCAGCAUCUUCGUCGGCCAACAACUGCAAGCAGAGGCAAACACGCAACUGAAUGUUACCUUUGUCUUGACGACGAAAGAGAGUUAAACAAAACUCCGGCACCAUUUGAAUACUACUACGCCGAUGACAAAACUGUGACGAAAGAAGAAGUUGAGUGUAUUGUUACAAGACUUGUUGCACCUCCUGGAGGGAUGAGUACGUGCAGUAGAUUGUCGCCAGACUACAGUAGGCUGAUUGCACAGUCAGUACGUCUUCCUUUGGUUAGUGGACUAGCUAGAUCCAAAAGCGUGGCAGAUAUUGUAAACCGACUGUAUACUAGUAAAGGAGAACGAGGGGAAAAAAACUACCAUGGUUACUCGAUCCCGCGCACACAGAUUACUAAUUAA